GUCUCGCCUCUCCCUGCUCCAUCCUGUCCCUGUUCUCUCCUUGGCUUCCCGACGGUGGCGGCGACGUUUCGCUCUGGUUUUGAGUGCAUCUGUAGCUGACUCGAAUGAAUCCUGACAUGCCUGCUGCCACCUCGGCCCUAGGAGGCUCCUCGACAUGGGUCUUGGCACUGCUGGGAAGCCUUACAGUGACUCUUCUUGGGGUAGCUCACAAACUGGGGCUCAUCUAUCAGCUGUGGCAUCAGGUGGACACGAAGAGCACUCGGCACGGCGGAGAAACUGUGGCAGAAGUGCUGAAAGCUCAUGGUGUGCGCUUUGUGUUCACACUGCCGGGUGGACAUAUCUCUCCCAUUUUGGUGGCUUGCGAGAAGCUGGGCAUUCGUAUUGUGGACACGAGGCAUGAGGCAACGACUGUAUUUGCAGCAGAUGCAGUGGCCAGGCUAUCAGGAACAGUGGGAGUUGCUGCAGUGACAGCAGGACCAGGAGUGACUAACACUGUGACAGCUAUGAAAAAUGCUCAGAUGGCAGAGUCUCCCGUGUUGUUGAUUGGAGGGGCAGCAGCCAUGUUGCAGAAGGGCAGAGGAGCUCUCCAAGACAUUGAUCAGUUGUCCCUCUUUAAACCACUCUGCAAAUUCUGUGCUUCCGUCAAGUCUGUCCGAGAGAUUGCCCCUGUGUUGCGAAAGGCCAUUGCCAUUGCCCAGUGUGACACUCCAGGGCCUGUGUUUGUAGAGUUCCCCUUGGAUAUCCUGUAUCCCUAUCAUCUAGUAGAGAGAGAGAUGUUCAAGAAGUUCUCUUCUAAAAGCCUUUUGGGAAUGAUUGUUAACUGGUAUCUGCGCAGUUACAUAGGGAACCUCUUUGCCGGGGCAUGGGAGAUGCAGGACUUUUCACCUCUGCCAGUGAACUUGCCAAAGGCUUCAAAGGGACAGGUGCAACAGUGUGUGGAGCUCAUCAGCCGAGCUAAGAAGCCAGUCAUCCUCCUUGGUAGUCAAGUGACCCUACCACCAACACCAGUAAAGAUACUCAGAGAUGCCUUAGAAGAACUGGGGAUCCCGUGUUUUCUUGGAGGCAUGGCUCGCGGCAUGCUGGGGAAAAAUAGCCCACUGCACAUCCGUCAAAACCGGCGUGACGCGCUCAAGGAGGCAGAUGUGGUCAUUCUAGCAGGCACAGUCUGUGAUUUUCGCCUGUCAUACGGGGCGGUCCUAAGUAAACGCAGCAAAAUCAUUGCUGUCAACAGGAACCAGGAGCAGCUGCUGAAGAAUGCAAAUGUGUUGUGGAAACCCACCGUGGCCAUUCAGGGGGAUGCUGGCUGCUUCCUGGUGUGCUUGUGCCAAGCGUUGAAGGGCUAUUCGUGUCCCCAGGAUUGGGUAACAAGCCUGAAGGAGGUUGAUCGCAUAAAGGAGAAGGCAAACAGGGAGAAGGCAGAAAAACCGACCGAUCAGCACCUCAACCCACUGAAGCUGCUGCACCAUUUGGAUAGUUUGCUUCCUGAAGACAGCCUGUUGAUUGCUGACGGGGGUGACUUUGUUGCAAGUGCCGCCUACAUUGUAAGGCCCAGGGGGCCACUGACAUGGUUGGAUCCAGGAGCCUUUGGGACCUUAGGGGUUGGUGGAGGCUUCGCGCUGGGAGCCAAGCUCUGCAGGCCAGACUCAGAGGUCUGGAUCAUAUAUGGAGAUGGCUCCCUUGGGUUCAGCAUCAUGGAAUUUGACACCUUUGUGCGACACAAGACACCUGUCAUCGCCCUGGUGGGGAACGAUGCUUGCUGGAGCCAGAUUUCCCGGGAGCAAGUUCCCAUGCUUGGCAGCAAUGUAGCCUGCGGCUUGGAUUAUCUAGAUUACCAUGUGGUGGCAAAAGGCUUAGGAGGGAAAGGCUUCCUGCUCAACCGUGAGAAUGAGGAUCAAAUGGAGGAACUUAUCAGGACAGCACAGUCUGAAUGCAGGCAAGGGCACCCUGUCCUUCUCAACGUCCUCAUUGGGAAAACAGACUUCCGUGAAGGCUCCAUCUCCGUGUAGGGGUUAGCUUGGAGAUACAAGUAUGUGGGAUUUGGCUGGACAGCAAAGUGGCUGCUUUGCAUGGAAGUUCUGGUUCAUCUGAAUUGAUCGCAAGCAAAGGGAUGGGGCCCUGGCAGUCCUGAGGUCUAGGACUAUUAUUCCUCCUUCAUUGGGCUUCCUUGGGGUAGUUCUUCAGAUAGCUGGUUUCCUUCACUUUUCAACUCUUGUUUUGCUGCUGAAGCACAAGCUUGUGUUCCACCUCCACCCAUUACACCAUGGUUGUUGUCUAAAGUGGGAGCAGCAAAGCAGUUCUUCGUGAAUCACUUUGACUUGUUCCUUUUGGUUAUUAUAUCUAACAGGUUGGCUUCACUAAUUGACGCAGCUGAUACAUUAAUAGCCAUAGUUGGGAUGAAAGAACACAUGCCUCCUUUUCUCUAGUUUGCCAUU